AUGCCAAGCAGUCGAGCCUGGGGUCUGGUGUCAUCAAUCCGGGGCACCAAUCUUAGAUCCUAUAGACGUCGCUCACGGAGCAGGUCUCAUGAAAGGAGACAUCGUAGUCGAUCGAGGAGUCCGGACAGGUCUCGACGUUCACGCAGAUCCAGAUCCAGAGAACGGAAACGAUCACAUAGUAGAGACAGGGACCGGAGGAGCCGAUCUCGUGAAAGGCAGCAUGCAAGAAGGUCUCGACCUUCUUCGAGGGAAAGGCGACGAGAUAAACACUCUCCACGAAACAAACGAUCUUCUUCACGAAAUAGUCGAUCCCGUUCAAAAUCCCUCCCCAAAACUGUACCCAGUAGGUCACCAAGUGCUGAAAAGGUCAUCCCGUGUGAAGGGGAAAUAAAACUAAAAGAUGAGCCUCUCGAUAAGGAAGAAGAACAGAAACGUUUGGAAAUGGAGAUGCAGAAACGACGUGACAGAAUAGAGAAAUGGCGAGCUGAGAGGAAAAAGAAGCAGGGACUUAUUCCUAUCAACAUUGCCCUGCCUUCCAAGAAAUGGAGUCUGGAAGAUGAUGAUGACGACGAUGAAGAAGAGGAAAAGAAAGACAACACUGGUGCUGAUGAUGAACUCGAUCCUUUGGAUGCCUACAUGAUGAGUGUAAAUGAAGAAGUUAAAAAGAUUCGAGAUGAAAACAGUGAAAAGCAGGAACCUACUCCUCCUAAAGCUGAGAACGGGCAACAAGCUACAAGUGCCAGCCAAGCUGCUGGCAAGGUGACCAUGAUCACAGCUGUAGUGAAAAAGAAAGAAGACAUUAGUAAACUGAAAGGCGAAUUAAUGGAAAAUAAUGUUGAUGCCAUGGAGUAUUCUUCAGAAGAAGAAGAGGAAGAUCUGGAUGCUACAAUGGCUGGAAUGGUAAAAAAAAAGAAGGAACUGACGUUGGUUGACCACACCCGAAUUUACUAUGCACCUUUCCGAAAAAAUUUUUAUGUCGAGGUUCCUGAAAUUGCCAAAAUGACUCAAGCUGAAGUUGAGGAGCUGAGAUUAGACUUGGAAGGAAUUAAAGUCCAUGGAAAAGGAUGUCCAAAACCUAUCCGCACCUGGGCCCAAUGUGGAGUCAGCAAGAAAAUUAUGGACGCAUUAAAAAAGCAUGGUUACGAGAAGCCAACACCAAUUCAGGCUCAAGCAAUUCCUGCAAUCAUGUCUGGGAGAGACUUAAUUGGAAUUGCCAAAACUGGAAGUGGAAAGACAGUUGCCUUUUUACUGCCCAUGUUCAGACAUAUCAUGGACCAGUCAGACCUUGAAGAAGGAGACGGGCCUAUUGCUGUGAUCAUGACCCCCACUCGAGAACUUGCUAUGCAAAUUACAUCCGAAUGCAGAAAAUUUGUAAAGGCCCUUGGUUUACGUGCAGUGUGUGUAUAUGGAGGAACAGGUAUCUCAGAACAGAUUGCUGAGCUGAAAAGAGGAUGUGAGAUUAUUGUGUGUACCCCAGGCCGGAUGAUUGAUAUGUUGGCAGCUAACAAUGGUCGGGUGACUAAUCUAAGACGUUGUACAUAUGUGGUGCUAGAUGAAGCUGACAGAAUGUUUGAUAUGGGAUUUGAACCACAGGUAAUGCGAAUCGUUGAUAACAUUCGUCCUGAUAGGCAAUUAGUGAUGUUUUCUGCCACAUUCCCAAGACAAAUGGAAGCACUGGCUAGACAUAUUCUCACAAAACCCAUUGAAGUCCAAGUGGGAGGACGAAGUGUGGUCUGCAAAGAUGUAGAACAACAUGUGAUUCUUCUUGAAGAAGACCAGAAAUUUUUCAAAUUGCUGGAACUGUUGGGCAUUUAUCAAGAACUUGGCAGCGUACUUGUGUUUGUCGACAAACAGGAACAUGCAGAUGAGGUAAUGAAAGAAUUGCUGAAGCAUUCUUACCCUUGUAUGUCUUUACACGGCGGUAUUGACCAAUACGACCGGGACAGCACAAUAGUUGACUUCAAAAAUGGAUUAGUUCGUCUCUUGGUGGCCACUUCCGUUGCAGCUCGAGGUUUAGAUGUCAAGCAUCUUAUUCUCGUAAUCAACUAUGAUUGCCCAAAUCACUACGAGGAUUACGUUCAUCGAUGUGGUCGAACAGGGCGUGCAGGUAACAAAGGUUUUGCCUAUACGUUCAUAACACCUGAUCAAGAGAAAUACACCAUGGAUAUCAUCAAAGCUCUAGAAUUGUCAGGUGCAACCGUGCCACCCGAGGUUGAAAAAAUGUGGAAUGAUUACAAAGAUAAAGCAAAGGCUGCUGGCAAAGUAAUAAAGAGUUCAAGUGGUUUUAAGGGCAAAGGUUUCAAGUUUGAUGAAACGGAAGCUCAAUUGGCAGAUGAUCGAAAGAAACUGCAGAAAGCAGCUCUUGGUUUGCAGGAUUCUGAUGAAGAAGAUGCUGGAGUUGAUAUUGAGCAACACAUUGAAGACAUGUUUGCCAGUCGCAAGAAAGUUACAGACGUUACCAAGCCAGUGGUUCCAAUUCAAAUGCAACAGCAACCUCAAAGCAUCCAAUCGAAUGUCACCAACCAACAGAAACUGGAAUUGGCCAAAAGAGUCGCUGCCAGAAUCAACAUUGCCAAAAAAUUGGGUCCAGAGUCCCAAGACAUCAUCAUCCAACAAACAGCAUCAGCCAUUCUUAAAGGCGGAGGCAUGUCGGCUCCUCAAGUCGCUUCCAAGACAAUUGCAGAGCAGACAGCCGAAAAGAUUAAUGCCAAACUUGGUUAUCGUCCUGUUUCUGAAGAAGACAAGGAAGGCCAAGACCAAAACACCGAAACCUUUAAGCGUUACGAAGAGGAACUUGAAAUUAACGAUUUCCCACAAAUUGCUCGAUGGAAAGUCACUUCUAAGGAGGCAUUGGCCCAAAUUUGUGAAUAUUCCGAGGCAGCUAUAACAGUUCGCGGAUCUUUCAUCCCUCAAGGCAAAGAAGCCAAGGAAGGAGAACGUAAACUCUACUUGGCAAUUGAAGCGACUAAUGAAUUGGCCGUACAAAAGGCCAAGAAAGAAAUCACAAGACUCAUCAAGGAUGAACUGAUCCGACUGCAAAAUUCCUACCAGCCAGCGAGUAAAGGACGUUAUAAAGUGCUCUGA